GGUGAUUAAACAGGUUUAAUAUCCACAAUAUAACAUAGGCUAAGUUUUUUUUCGUUUGUUUGUUUAUUAGUUUUUGUUGUUUAAAGUCACGUGUCGGUGGCGGCAUUAUUAUAAGACCUCUCAUAAUAUAUCCAUGGUGGCGGCAUGUACCUUUAACGUUGGUUUGUAGUCCGCCAGUAAAACCAAAGAAGAAGAAGAAGAAUACGUUGAGGAAAAAGAAGAAGAAGAAGAUCGGGUGAUUUCGCGGGAACUGUCUUUUUUCGUUGCUGAGGAGUAAUCACAUUCGUGUUAUCCGAAAACCUAACUUAAUACUUGACUUAAGACGGAUACUAGCUGAAGCUUGACCUCUCGUCUGCUAAGGUCAGUCAUGUUCUCCGACCUGAGCGCCCAGAAAGACGGCUCCUCUCUGCUCUGCUGCCCGGCCGGUGAGGACCAGGGGCCGGUGUUUGAGAGGGUGUGCCCGGCCUACAGCCCCUGCUCCGAGCGCUACAAAGUCGGGGACCGGAGUUUCAAUCGCCAGUAUGCUCAUAUUUACGCGGCACGACUCAUGCAGAUGAGACCCCUGCUCACAGAGAGAGCUCAGCAGAAGUGGGGAUCAGAUGUGCUUGUCAGGAAGCUGUGUGAUCUUCAGACAGGGGAGCAGUGUUGUAUUGUGGGAACCUUGUUCAAGCGCAUGGAGUUGCAGCCAUCCAUCCUGAAAGAGAUCAGUGAGGAGCACAACUUGCUGCCUCAGCCUGCACGAGCCAAAUUCAUCAGUGAAACAGAUGAGCUGAUUCUGGAAGAUGAGCUCCAGAGGAUCAAACUGGAGGGCAAAAUUGACAAAGACAAGUGUGUUACAGGUAGUGUUAUUGCAAUAUACGGAGCUGAGACGAAUGACGGAAAGUUCACAGUCGAGGACUUUUGCACAGCUGAUCUCCCUUUGCAGACAGCAAAACCUGCACUCAGCUCUGACAAGUUUGUGCUCCUGGCCUCGGGACUUGGUCUUGGCAGUAGUCAUGCCGACAGCAUGCUGGGACUACAGUUGCUCGUUGACAUGGUAACCGGUCAGCUGGGUGACCAGGGGGAGCAGAAUGGGGCAGCGACGAUAUCAAGGGUCCUAAUGGCUGGAAACCUCCUAAGCCAAAGCACCCAGGACAAGGACGCAUCAACAAAGCCCAAGUACCUCACCAAGAAGACUCAGGCUGGCAGUGUGGAAGCUAUUCGUUUGCUGGAUGAGCUGCUGCUUCAGCUGGUGGCCUCCGUCCCGGUGGAUGUAAUGCCUGGCCAGUAUGACCCCACCAAUUUCACCCUCCCACAGCAGCCUCUCCACCGCUGUAUGUUCCCCUUGUCCUCUGUGUACCCCACACUACAGCUGGCCUCCAACCCGUACCAGGCUAACAUCGACGGAGUCAGGUUUCUGGGCACAUCAGGCCAGAAUGUCUUAGACAUUGAGAAGUACAGCAGCAUGAACAGUCACCUGGAAAUACUGGAGGAGACGCUACGACUCAGACACCUAGCUCCUACGGCACCUGAUACCCUCGGUUGUUACCCAUUUUACCAAAAAGACCCAUUCAUCUUGGAAGAGUGUCCCCAUGUUUACUUCAGUGGCAAUGCCCCUUCGUUUGAGUCCAAGCGCAUCAAAGGUCCUGAUGGCCAGGAAGUGCUUUUGGUUACCGUUCCAAAGUUCAGCAGCACCCUAACGGCAUGCCUGGUCAAUUUAAGCACUCUUGACUGUGAACCGGUCAGCUUCUCAGCCUUCUCUGCCGACGAAGACGAGGAGAGUGAGAUGAACAUCAGCCACUGAGGGUUCAUAGCCACACACAACAUACUGACACUUCUCGGACACUAUGCACAUAUAUUUAGACUCAUUUUACCUCACCACAGUGUAGUUAUGUCAACAUUGGGAAAUGUUUUCUUGUAACAUAAAUCAGUGUCCUCAAAUGAUGUGCUGGGAAAAAAGAGAAGGCACGUGUUGUAUAUUAACAAGCCUUUAUUUGAAAAAUAACUCUCAUACCCCAGCUGUGUCUGAGGAAACAUUACAGAAGACUUCCUUUUCCCUUCUGACUCUGUUACCAACUUUGAACAAAUGCUCUUUAAACCUUUCGUGACGGUUCAUACUGUAAAAAAUAUUUCUGUCAUGGAUGAAGAUUGUAAAUAAUUCAACUCUGGCAAAGUAAAAAAAAAAAAAAGAAAGGUCAUGAUUUUUUUUUUUAUC